UAUUGGAGUGUGAUAAAUUAAAAGCUAACAAUAAAAUGUCGAAAACACAAGCAGUUGAUGCUACGGCAGUCUCGACCACCAAAAGCAAAGAUCAACUUCAAACCAAAUAUUUUUGUCAAGUUACUCAAAAGCAGAUCGUUGAAGUCGUGAUGGAAUUAUCGGCUAUUGAAACAAAACUUCAACGCCGGCUACCUUUACGUUACGUCCUUGUAAUUGACAUAUUCGCGGAACUGGUCGUUCAAAACAUCGCUAAUGAAGAUUCACUCGCCAUAGUUACGUUUUCUCAUGAUGUCAAUACAGAUAUGAAGAUGACUGUGAUGAACAAUGCCGCUAAGACUAAAGCAAAAGAUGUUAUUAGAAGUCUUCAUACAAGAGGUCAAACUAAUCUUGAAAUUGGAUUGAUGACAGGAUUACAUGUGCUUAAACAGGAUUCUGGAAAGCAUGAUCGAGAUUUGAUGAUUGUAUUCACGGACGGAAUGGCCAAUUUGGGUGAAACAGAUCCGGAGCAACUUGUCAUCAAAUACAGAAAUUAUCAGAAGACAAUGAAUAAAACUAGCUGUGUACCGAUUUCCGCAUUUACAAUCGGUCAAUACGCACCAGUGUUGCUGAACGAGAUUGCAGGACAUCUCGGAAGUGAUGCGUUUUAUUGGUUGAACGAAGAAGAGGAAUUUGAGGCUGACAUGCUAAUACCUGUAUUUCUUAGGGAAACAACUCGAGUUACCGAUGUCAGUAUCGACAUGAACUGCUUGAAAGGAGUUAGUUUCGAUGAGAAUCACAUUUCUGGAAAACAUUUACUGGAAUCCUCUGGAAGGAUGCUGAAGUACUUCAUACAUGCAAUGCCAGAAGAUACCAAGAAGCAUAUUCCAUUUACACUCGUGUUGCCUCAGAACGAAUUGGAGGAGUUGGAUGAGCAGCAUAUUGUCGAUAUAAAAGUCAGUUAUCUUGACGACAAGAUGAAUAAACAGAAUAUAGAUGAUUUUGUGAUCCUAUGCACAAAAACUUUGAGCGAAUGCAAAAACGAAAAAACGGGAGAGAGAAAGGGUCACGAAGCAAGUAUCAUGGACGAAAUAUCGUCGUUCACAAUUUUUCAAAAAACAGUUAACGUCAAUUGGAUAGAAGCUCAGACUUCUCUCGUUUGUAUUGCUGAAGAAAAAUACAGAAAAAUGUGCAUGAUCGGAAUAAAUAACGCUGAAUAUUAUAUUAUUAAUGAAGAUAUGAAAGGACAUGGGAAGGCAAUUCAAGAUGCAAUUUUAGAAAUCAAUGAAAUUAAAAAACAAUAUACGAUUAUUCUAGGAGAUCGCAGUAAAUAUGCAAAACAACUCAACGAUGAUGCUGAUGGCUGGAUAAAGAAACUUAAUUUUGGAAAAACUAUUAAAACAGAAGAAAGUCUUGGUAGACUUUUUGCAAUGCAAUCCUCCAUAGCUACAGAAAUGCCAACAGCCAAAGGGGUUUUUGAUCCAAGAAUUAAACAGCCAUAUUUGCCUCCUGGAAUUGAAAAGAAGCUUAGACAAUAUGAAAAGAUCGUGAAACGCACCAAGAAGGAGAAGAAAACGUUUCAAACUACGAGUGUUUUCAAAGCUCAAAACAUUCUUGUGUCUGAAGCGUUACGUGAUAAGAAAGUUGGCGCAAAACAAGAAACGAUGUCUGAUUUGAUCAUCAGAUGUGGGGGAAGACCAGUGCCCAACGUCAACACGGUAUUCAACAAUACAUUUUUAGUGUGUUCAGACAAAGACUUCAAGAAAAAUACAGUAUUGGUGCGGGAUUCUAAAAGAGCUCAAAUUCCAAUUGUUCGAGAGGAUUACAUAUAUCACUGCAUUCAAGAAAAGAAAAUAUUGGAUAUAAAUCCAUAUUUAUUAAAUAAAGAUAAGAUAAAGGUUCCGAUAAGCACAUAAUCUUUAUCAUUUUAAUUAUAUGAUACAAAUGAGCUAAAUGCUAAUAAACUAUUGUGCGUUACCCAAUGGCAGUAUAUAUACGUUCGGACUAAUCGAGACCCAAAGUUGUUGUAAUACAAAUUCAGCAUGAUGUAUAUACAGCAUGAUCUAAAAUUUCCAUCGCUUAUACAGGGAGAUCAGACCAAGUGUGGAAAUGUUUAUUGAAAUAUU